UUAAAAUGGCGGCGUUGAGCAGCGCCGAGUCCCCACCGCCCGUCUUUAACGGAGACACCGCGGAGCCGGGCAGUGAGCCGGGCCUGGAGGAGCUGGGUGCCGGCCUGGCCUCCUCCUGUACGGAGGGGAUCCCCGGAGGUCCGCAGGAUGAGGAGAUCUGGAAUAUCAAACAGAUGAUAAAGUUGACCCAAGAACACUUAGAGGCCCUUCUGGACAAGUUUGGGGGUGAACACAAUCCUCCUUCCAUAUAUCUAGAGGCCUAUGAGGAGUACACCAGCAAACUCGACGCCCUGCAGCAGAGGGAGCAGCAGCUGCUGGAGGCCAUGGGCAACGGCACAGAAUUCUCCUGCUCUCCUAACCCCAUGCCAGCCCUUCUGGAGGUCACAAUGGGGGGUUGUGGGGUCACAGGGGGGGCUCAGGCCUAUCCCUCGGCCCCUAACACCUUGGCUGUCCUGCAGACCCCCAUCGACGCCAGCAGAGCGAACCCCCGCUCCCCCCAGAAGCCAAUCGUCAGGGUCUUCCUGCCCAACAAACAGAGAACAGUGGUGCCAGCCCGCUGUGGGAUGACUGUGAGAGACUCGCUGAAGAAAGCUCUGAUGAUGCGAGGCCUCAUCCCAGAGUGCUGUGCGGUCUACAGGGUACAGGAUGGAGAGAAGAAGCCCAUUGGCUGGGACACAGACAUCUCCUGGCUUACAGGAGAGGAGUUACACGUAGAAGUGUUGGAGAAUGUGCCGCUCACCACACACAACUUUGUAAGGAAGACCUUCUUCACGCUGGCCUUCUGUGACUUCUGUAGAAAGCUGCUGUUCCAGGGUUUCCGCUGUCAGACCUGUGGCUAUAAGUUCCACCAGCGCUGCAGCACUGAGGUUCCCCUCAUGUGUGUCAACUAUGACCAACUAGACUUGUUGCUAGUGUCCAAGUUCUUUGAGCAUCACCCGUUCACCCAGGAGGACGUCUCCUCUGAGUGCACCACCCCCGUGUCUGAGGCCUGUCCGUCACUUCCCCCAUCCGACUCCACCGGGUCGAUAUGCCACUCCACUGUGUCCCCGUCCAAGUCCAUACCAAUCCCUCCCAGUUUCCGGCCCAACGAGGAAGACCACCGCAACCAGUUUGGCCAGCGGGACCGCUCGUCCUCAGCCCCGAACGUCCAUAUCAACACCAUCGAGCCUGUCAACAUCGACGACCUGAUUCGAGAUCAGUGCUUGCCAAGGUCAGAUGGAGCCCCCCCGACCCACCCCGCCCGCUGCUUGAGGAAGCACCGAACACGGACCUCAAGCCCCCUCCUAUACUCCUACCCCAAUGACAUAGUGUUUGAUUUUGAGCCCGAGCCUGUUUUCCGAGGCUCCACGGCAGGGCUGUCGGCCACGCCCCCCGCCUCUUUACCCGGCUCUCUGACCAAUGUCAAGGUUGCACAGAAGUCGCCGUGCCAACAGAGGGAGCGCAAGUCGUCGUCGUCGUCCGAGGACCGCAAUAAGAUGAAAACUCUGGGGAGGAGGGACUCCAGCGACGACUGGGAGAUCCCCGAGGGUCAGAUCACUCUGGGGCAGAGGAUAGGCUCCGGCUCCUUUGGAACCGUCUACAAGGGAAAGUGGCACGGCGAUGUGGCAGUGAAGAUGUUGAACGUCACGGCACCCACACCACAACAGCUCCAGGCCUUCAAGAAUGAAGUGGGAGUCCUCAGGAAAACGCGUCAUGUGAACAUCCUGCUGUUCAUGGGCUACACCACCAAGCCUCAGCUGGCCAUCGUGACCCAGUGGUGCGAAGGCUCCAGUCUGUACCACCACCUGCACAUCAUCGAGACCAAGUUCGAGAUGAUCAAGCUGAUCGACAUCGCCCGGCAGACCGCUCAGGGCAUGGAUUACCUGCACGCAAAAUCAAUCAUCCACAGAGAUUUGAAGAGCAACAAUAUUUUCCUCCACGAGGAUCUGACGGUGAAGAUUGGCGACUUUGGUCUGGCUACAGUCAAGUCCCGUUGGAGUGGCUCCCACCAGUUUGAACAGCUGUCCGGCUCCAUUCUGUGGAUGGCUCCAGAGGUGAUCCGGCUGCAGGACAAGAAUCCCUACAGCUUCCAGUCAGAUGUUUACGCUUUCGGCAUCGUGCUGUACGAGCUCAUGUCCGGAGCACUGCCCUAUUCCAACAUCAACAACAGAGACCAGAUCAUAUUUAUGGUGGGUCGAGGUUACCUGUCCCCCGACCUCAGCAAGGUGCGCAGCAACUGUCCAAAAGCCAUGAAGAGGCUGAUGGCGGACUGCCUGAAGAAGAAGAGAGAGGAGCGACCCCUCUUCCCUCAGAUCUUGGCGUCCAUCGAGCUGCUCGCACGUUCAUUACCCAAAAUCCACCGCAGCGCCUCAGAGCCUUCGUUAAAUCGGGCCGGCUUCCAGACGGAGGACUUCAGCUUGUACGCCUGCGCCUCACCUAAAACCCCCAUCCAGGCCGGCGGCUAUGGGGAGUUCUCUGCAUUUAAGUAAGCGCUGCAGAUCCCAUCAGUCCAUCCCUCGUCACUUCUCAAAAAGUCUCGUGUCCAUGCGGUGGAAUCAUUCAUCACCGAAAAAAAACUGAAAAAAUGUGUCUCAAUGAAUGUGCUUUUUUCUUCCUCUGUCAACCUGGAGAAGGCAAGCCUCACUGGAGUCCUUUUUUUUUUUUUAAACAAAAAAGCUGUCCAGCAGGCAAACGGCCACAGCGACAGACAAAACUGAUUUAGGGAAUAAAACAAAAAUGAUUAUCACAUGAAAAGAAAGGAAACACACAAAGAUGUACGGUUUUGAGGAGAAGACGGCAAACUCCACAGAUGCCUGCUGGAGGGGGAAAGAUAAAGGGAACAGGAAGUGGUGACGGAUGUAGGGCAAGUCGAGGCUUAGGGCGCCCCACGUCCUAUCAUUUCCUGGACUGCUCUUUGAGCGCCGGCGGAAGAAGAGGCUUCCCGUCCGCCGGUGGAGAUGUGAUGAGGCCAGGUGUUAACUAAUCCGGAGACGAGCUGAAGGCCAACUCCGCAGGCGAAGGAAUCUGACUUGAAAAAUGGAUUUAUUUUUUAAGUAUUUCACAUUUUCAGCUAGCAGAAGUGCUGAGCUUUUUUUCUUUUUCUUUUGAAGGAAUGGUAGCUAUUUUAAAAGUCCCUCCUGUCACGCAGCACAGGCUUUUUGUAGUCCAAAUUCUGCAAAAGAAUACACAUUUGAACAGCCGUGAAUUUUGCUUCAAAGAUUUCCAACUUUGUCUUUAGAUUUCUGGUAGACAGAAGCUGUUUGUCAGUAGGGAAAAUGCUAAUUUGUUUGUCCUGAAAGCUACCGAAAUGUAACGUUAAUUGGCCUUUAUAGGUGAGAUUGAAACACUACUACUUUUCAAAGGUGUUCACGUGAAAGCAACAGAAGUGGUUCUCCCCGCAGAUUUCCAAGAGAAAAAUCUGACGUGUUCUGCGCUGUUCACAGGGAGGAAAAAAAUACAGAUGUGUUUGGUGAAAGCUACACAAGAGGGGUUUAUGUUAUGUUUGACAAGCCUGGUCUGAGCUGAGCUAGUGCCCAGCGUUUACACUGUGUGUACAGUAAGUUGUUACACAGCAUCUUUACAGCAACUCUUUUCCCUUUUUGCUUCUCAUGUUUUAAUCCACAACUUUUUUUUUGUUGUAAAUCCAAGAGCAUGUAGUGUCAUUGUUUCUUUUUCAUGUGGCUUUAAUAUUGCACUCAAUUGUGGACCUUACUCGCUUUCCGCUGCUGACUUAUGGGCCGCAGUGUAACCUGCUGAAAGGACUGGUGAUCCUCUGGAGAGUCAUGAAAAAAAAUAUGAUUUCAAUCGCACCUUUUUACUUUCUCUAUACACGUGCACCUGUACUUUUUCAUUCCAGCGUGUGUUAAGGGUUGUAGAUGUUGUUACAGGUUUCUUUAUUUUGUUAUCGUCAAUGUUUGCCUUUUUCUGUACAGGCAGGCCUGCAGAUAUUUACUUAUUUAUGUUCUGUUUUUAUGGAUUCAUUUUCGCUUUAUUUGAAGCUAUCAGUCUUUCUUUUUGAUGCUUGUUUUAGUCUUUGUGACUCGUGUACUUGCACUUUGUAGAGAUGGAUCGAAGCAAAUGAGCGACUUGCCUUUUUUUUUGUUUUGUUUUUUAUCGAAGAAAACAUUGUGACAUACAGAGCUGAUGACCCAAAACGAAACGUCCAAUGCAUGAGCCAUCUGCAGGGGCUGACCUGUGAAUUUUUUUGCCUGAAAAGGCUCAGUCGUCAUCUCUGACUUUGUAUUAAAAGAAAAAGCCUCAAGCAGCCGAGUAUGUCGCCAUAGCUACAGUGAGCGAAGGAGACUGCUGGCUCUGGUAAAUUGUGGAGGUAGAGCACACUGCUAGAGCAUCUAUCCAAGCACUGAGGGACUUCUCAUUCAUCGAGGAUAUUUUUGUCGCCAUCCUUAACCCGCCCACAGCCAUGGUAUUAAAAGGUUUUGUUGCUUUUCUUUUAUGGACAUGUUAGAAAAUACAUGUAUUGUCCCUUCUUUGUGCGUUCAGGAAAGAUAAAAGGCAUGCAGAGAUUUAGCCUAGCUUAGCACAAAGACUGGAAGCAGUAGGAAAGUGCUAGCCAGAUACUCGUAUUCCCUUAUCGGGUCAGGUUGUGAUUAACAACAGCUACCUGUUUUUUUUCCACACUUCAAAAAUGGCUAAGAAAAUGAGCUACCAUCCAGUCAGAUUGUAUUUUUAACAUUCCGCCCAUUUAAUAGUUUUAUGAGCAGCUCAGAAAUGUGACUUGUGUUCCUCCGUAACUUCUCAAACAAGUAUCUCUGGACUGGAUAUUACCCAGGUUAAGACAGCAGACAAAAGCAUGAAUAGCCAAACACAAAUUUGUUUGAAGCCUGAUGCCUACUGGUGAAAGGAAGUCAUUGGAUGGUCCCGUAUGAUAUCCCGUCACUCGGAAGAUACUGGUGGCCCCCCAGGUGGUUGCAGAGCAGCAAGGGUGGGGCAAAGGUCUGAAAGUAAUAUCCUGGGUCUUUUCAGAGUGGUGCAGUGAUGACCAAAUUUUUGUAGGCCGACUAAAAAGAUCCCUCGAUUAUAAUCAAUGGGAUUUUUCCAUUCAGAAAAUUGCAGAAAAUAAGUUCUUUGGCAGGAUUAUCUCCACAUUCUCAACACUGUUUAUUUUAAAGCGUUAUGUUACAAGAGGCAGAAGUCAAAUAACUAACGUCAGGCUAUGACGGUUCUAUGACUAAGGGGAAGCUGCUCGUUUGCCAUGAAAUUGUUUAUUAGACUCUUUUAGUCACCUUUUAGCAACUGCUGUUUUAUGACACGAAUAAGCUUUGGGCAUUCACCAUUGGGGUGUUUACUGAGGUAUUUUAUGUCCUAGAACAAACUUGGAAAAUAUUUUAAAUGUGUAUUAAGCACAGACCGUAUUUCAGUCAUCAAACCAAAAACUCAUUCAAAAAAAAUGUUGACUUUGAGACGAGAGGAACCGAGGUUAACUUAUUUCCAGAUUUUAAAGACUCAUCCCUGCACCACUCUUGUUUGUAGUUUUGGUCAUAACUGCGGUUAAGUUUAUUGCUGAGAUCUGGGAACACGGUAGAGAUUUAACUUUCUGGGUUGUGAAAACCCAACCAGAGCUAAAAGGACUCAGGUUAACAUUCUUCAGUGGACCAGAAUCACAAGUUGAAUGUUCCUAGAUGAUUUAAAGAAAUUAUUCUAUAACCCAGCAGUUAUGUUUGCUGCUAGGUUGAGGGUUCACCUGGUUGACCUUGACUUGACUCCUGCGUUGGGGUUAGACAAUGUAGGCAUUUUAUUUAAGAUGACAUAUCACCCAGCCUGUUGCAGGAAGCUGAGUUGAAAUGUUACAGAACUUUAAUCGCAAAGACUUUAGCUUGUUUUGGGAUCGUGAAGGAGACUUGAAGUAGAUAUAAUUAAUAAAUAUUACUGGUACACACAGAAGAGGAUGAGGUUGUGUGUGGAGGAAGAUCAUUGAAGACUCGAGGCUAGGAAUAUACCUGGAUUUCUUAUUUUUGUUUUGAGCAAGCAUUUCUAGGACUUGCAGUUCAUUCCUAACCUCAGAAAUAGAUGUUGACGAUACUGGCUGAACUUUACUUGCUUGUUCUAGAGCGUCUGAUCUUGGCAAUUACUUUUUCCCAGGUCAAGACUGAACUGUCGGCCUCACUACAAGAAGCACACAGCCUUUGUCCUCUUCAACAGGAAGUGUGCUGUAUUUAUUUUCUGUAGAGAUCAUUGCUUUCUAUGAGAAUAUCGCCACAGAUUUGUCUGCUGAACCUUUAUAGAAUCAGUAGGUGUACACACUGAGCUCCGUCACUAAGGCUCUCCACAUAAUGCUCCCCCUCCUCAUCCAAGACUUCCCGUUCUUGAAUUUCGUUUUUCUUCUUGAAAAUUUGUUCUUCUCCUUGCCUGCACCUUAAACCCAUCGAUUCCUUUCAAUUGAGAACUAUCAUGAAAAGCUUAAUGAUGUUUUUGGUUUUUUUUUUUCACCUGUAAAUAGUUGUACAAAAGGAAAUACUGUCAGUUUGCUAGGAGGCAUGGAGACUACCAAUGUAACAAAUUAUAAAGUGUUCAAAAUAAAGAGACGGAAACUAAGAGACAUUUUGAUAGGCAGACUUCUGAGAAAAAACGGUUGAGUGUAAAAAUAUUUAAGGCUGUAUCAUAAGAAGAAAGAGCUUAAUGUAUUUGUUGUGAAUAUGAAAAACUGAUAUAUUAAAGAAGUGCAUGAAAACUGU